UGAAGCCUGGCCGUGGGCAGGACUCGUUGUCCCAGCGUGCCCUGCGCCUCAGCCCGCGCGCCCGCAGUUUCUCGCUCUCGCCACCCUCCUGCCCGCCAGCUCCCUAGCUUGAUCGAGCUUUCGCUCGCGCUCUCCUCGAGGAUCGAGGGGCCUCUGGCCAUAGCCUGGGGCUGGGGAGGGAAACGGAGGCGGCGGUUCAGGGAAAACGAAGCUGCACUGGUGGUAUUGGGAAGAUGUCGGGCGAGGACGAGCAGCAGGAGCAAACUAUCGCCGAGGACCUGGUCGUGACCAAGUAUAAGAUGGGGGGCGACAUCGCCAACCGGGUACUUCGAUCUUUGGUGGAAGCAUCCAGCUCAGGUGUGUCGGUAUUGAGCCUGUGUGAGAAAGGUGAUGCCAUGAUUAUGGAAGAGACAGGAAAAAUCUUCAAGAAAGAAAAGGAGAUGAAGAAAGGUAUUGCCUUUCCUACCAGCAUUUCGGUAAAUAACUGUGUAUGUCACUUCUCCCCUUUGAAGAGUGACCAGGACUAUAUUCUCAAGGAAGGUGACUUGGUAAAAAUUGACCUUGGGGUCCAUGUGGAUGGCUUCAUUGCUAAUGUGGCUCACACUUUUGUCAUUGGUGUGCCUCAGGGGACCCAAGUAACAGGGAGGAAAGCAGAUGUUAUUAAGGCAGCUCACCUAUGUGCUGAAGCUGCCCUACGCUUAGUCAAACCUGGAAACCAGAACACACAAGUGACAGAAGCCUGGAACAAAGUUGCCCAUUCAUUUAAUUGCACACCAAUAGAAGGUAUGUUGUCACAUCAGUUGAAGCAGCAUGUCAUCGAUGGAGAGAAAACCAUUAUCCAGAAUCCCACAGACCAGCAGAAGAAGGACCAUGAAAAAGCUGAAUUUGAGGUACACGAAGUAUAUGCUGUGGAUGUUCUUGUCAGCUCAGGAGAGGGCAAGGCCAAGGAUGCAGGACAGAGAACCACCAUCUACAAACGAGACCCCUCCAAACAAUAUGGUCUGAAAAUGAAAACUUCUCGUGCCUUUUUCAGUGAAGUGGAAAGGCGUUUUGAUGCCAUGCCAUUUACUUUAAGGCUCUGCGAAGGGCAGUUUGACUUCUCCACCCAGGACCACCAGCAGGGCAGGAUCUCCCUGCCCCCACCCCAGUCCCCCAACCCACUCCCCUCCGCCAACAACAACCUGCUCCAACUGACUCUGGUCUUGGGAGGCCAGGCUUCCCAGCCACCGAAGACUACUUUAAAUAGAGAAAAAGAAAUUGAAUAA